AUGGGGGUCCUGGGGGACACCAAGCUAAGCAAAAGACAGCAGUGUGCCUUUGUGGUAAAGAAGGAGAAUGAUGUCCUGGGCUGUGUUAGGAGUAUUGCCAGCCAGCUGGAAGGUGAUCCCGCUCUUCUACUCAGAGCUGGUGAGGAUAUCCCUAGAGGAAAUACGUGCUGCUUCACCCUCUGCCGCCCAGCCAGCCACGUGUCUGAGAGGAGGUUCCUCAACCCGUCCAGCAGCUGUGGGGCCACAGACACUGCUCGGGGGACAUCUCACCUCAGCCCAGCUAGCUGCUGCUGGCGGCUGCUGCGAAGAGCUGUCAGGGCCUCUCUGAAGACAGGGGAGAGAGAUGCAUCUCCCGACUCCAAAUGCCCCAUCUGCCUGGAUAGAUUUGACAACGUUGCCUAUCUAGAUCGCUGCUUGCAUAGGUUCUGCUUCCGCUGUGUCCAAGAAUGGUCAAAAAACAAAGCAGAGUGCCCGCUCUGCAAGCAGCCCUUUUUUUCCAUUUUCCAUACGAUUCGUGCUGAAGAUGACUUUAAGGAGUACAUCCUCAGCCCUUUAGAAACGAGCUCUUUUGCCAGCCCUGAUGGCCGGAGGUUUCGUUAUCGCACCACCUUAACCAGGGAGCGGCGCACGCGCAGCUCCCCUUCCCGAGGGAUGCUGUCCCCUCCAGAUAACGGGAUGUUGUUUGAAGGCUUGUCAGGCGAGCCAACGCGGCACAGGCACAGAGAGAUUCAGCAGAUGAUCAGGAGGCUGGCCUCGAGGAGAAAGGCGAGCGCAGAGGGCAGAUCUCUGCGGCAGAUCCAGGAGGAGGACAUGAUCAACUUCCGCAGGGCUCUGUACCGCACUGGCGUGCGCAUCCGCAGCAUUCAGGACGGCGGCCGGUACCGGGAGAUUUCGGCAGAGUUCUUCCGCCGCAAUCCUGCUUGCCUUCACCGCUUGGUCCCUUGGCUGAAGCGAGAGCUUACAGUCCUGUUUGGUGCCCACGGAUCUUUGAUCAACAUUGUGCAGCACAUCAUCAUGAGCAACGUCACUAGAUACGAUCUGGAAAGUCAGGCCUUUGCUGAUGAUAUAAAGCCGUUUUUGCUGAAUCGGACAGAGCACUUCCUGCACGAAUUCAUCAGUUUUGCUCGUUGUCCUUUUAACUUAGAAGCAUAUGAUCAGCAUGCCAAUUACGACUGUCCUGCACCAUCAUACGAGGAAGGAAGCCAUUCCGACUCCUCGAUUAUUACAAUAUCUCCAGACGUGGCGUUCCCACAAGGGCCAGAUAAUAGCUUGUCUGUGCCUGGUCUUGCUCAGGCGCCCUGGGAUGACGAAACUCCUGGGCCUUCCUAUUCCAUUUCAGAAGAGGUUCGUGCAACCAUAGCUUCUCCUCUGGAGUCGUCAGAAAGUUCUGAUGAGGACUCUGCUACAGGGAGUCAAAGAGCCAAACUGCAGACUGAGAUACAGGCUAAUGCUGACUCAAACGACAGUGGCUCUUCCUCAGACAACUGUGUCAUUGUUGGGUAUGUGAAGCCGUUAGCUGAGAGGACACCAGAAGUGGUGGAGCUGUCCUCUGACUCCGAGGAUUCCAUCAAGGAAGAGAAACAGGAAGGUGUCAAGAAGCAGCGACCGGUCGAGUGUCACAGCUGGAGUGACAGUGAACCAAGCAGGAGCUUCUCACCACAGUCACAGAUAUAUAACAUAUAG